UUGGAUCUUUAAAACCCCAUUUUACAGAGGUUGAUAUUGCAGCAACACGUAUUUGUUUUAGUUUUGUGCACGUCGCUGUCUGCGCCUCCAGGCGCACCAAUUCAGCACAUUUUCCAGCAGAGAUCGUUGUGACCAAAUAAAACGCUUUUUAUUUGGGCCUGUUUGUGUUCUGCCUGUUUUCAUGAAGCCGGGUCAAUGUCCCAUACCGGAGAUGAUUCCACACUGUGCUAAAAGCUGUUUCCAUGAUGGCCAGUGUCCCGCCACACAGAAAUGUUGCCCAACCACCGCUGGCUUUGCAUGCAGUGAACCACAGGGCCAGGGCAGCGGCCAGGGCCAGGGGAGCAGCCAUGGCCAGGGGAGCGGUUAUGGUCAGGGAAGCGGAAGCGGUUAUGGCCAGGGAAGCGGUUAUGGCCAGGGGAGCGGCCAGGGGAGUGGCCAGGGGAGCAGUUAUGGCCAGGGGAGUGGCCAAGGGAGCGGUUAUGGUCAGGGUAGCGGCCAGGGAAGUGGUUAUGGCCAGGGAAGCGGCCAGGGUCAGGGUAGCGGCCAGGGAAGUGGUUAUGGCUAGGGUAGCGGCCAGGGAAGUGGUUAUGGCCAGGGUAGCGGCCAGGGAAGCGGUUAUGGCCAGGGUAGCGGCCAGGGUCAGGGAAGCGGUCAGGGUAGCGGCCAGGGCCAGGGUAGCGGCCAGGGAAGCGGUUAUGGGCAGGGAAGCGGCCAUGGUCAGGGUAGCUGCCAGGGAAGCGGCCAUGGCCAGGGUAGCGGCCAGGGAAGCGGCCAGGGUCAGGGUAGCGGCCAGGGAAGCGGUUAUGGCCAGGGAAGCGGCCAUGGCCAGGGUAGCAGUCAGGAAAGCGGCCAUGGCCAGGGAAGCGGUCAGGGAAGCGGCCAUGGCCAGGGUAGCGGUCAGGGUCAGGGUAGCGGCCAGGGUCAGGGAAGCGGCCAGGGUCAGGGUAGCGGCCAGGGAAGCAGCCAUGGCCAGGGAAGCGGUUAUGGCCAGGGAAGCGGUCAGGGAAGCGGCCAUGGCCAGGGGAAGCGGUCAGGGAAGCGGCCAGGCUCAGGGCCAGGGAAGCGGCCAUGGCCAGGGUAGCGGCCAGGGAAGCGGCCAUGGCCAGGGUAGCGGCCAGGGAAGCGGCCAUAGCCAGGGGCCAGGGAAGCGGCCAUGGCCAGGGUAGCGGCCAGGGAAGAGGCCAUGGCCAGGGUAGCGGCCAGGGAAGCGGCCAUGGCCAGGGAAGCGGUCAGGGAAGCGGCCAUAGCCAGGGUAGCAGCCAGG